UGUAAAAGUACUACAACAAUUAAUUAGUAACAAGAUAUAUUUAUAUAUAAUACACAAAGUGUAAUUAAGAUUAAAUUGUACAUUUAAUAUUGGUCUCCUGUGAUAUUCAUUCACUUUUUUUUUCUGAACAUUGAACCCUCAUAUUACCCAUACCCAUACACAUACAUACAUACAUACACAUACAUACAUACACAUAGAUAGACAUACAUAAGUUAAUUGUUCUUCAUUAUUAAAUAAAGAAAAUGGGAUGUGGUGUAAGUGGAUUGAAAGAUUGUAAAUCAGAAGUAGCCGAAUCAACAAAUGAUGAUCAUGCUGAUAUUACAGAAAUAGAAACUGAAGAACACAAAGAAACAAACACUAAUCAUAUAGUUCCUGUAUUAUCAAGUGAACAAUUGGAUCUUCCAUCAAAUAAUAGUCAACAUGAUGAACCCAAAGAAGAAAUUCCAUACAAUCAAGAAACGCCAGAUGUUUUAGCGAUUACCGAGCAACAACCAGAUUUAACAAAUGAUGUGAAUUGUAAUACUAUUUCCAUAAAGCAACCUGAAGAAUAUAAUAAAACUGAUGACAAUGUAACAGAAAAUUAA